GAUUUGUCGCUGAAAAUCUACUAUCUAUUUGUCAUGUCAAAAUAUUUGGAAAGACUUUUUGUCCCGUGUAGUUUUGUUUUUUAGUUUGAAAUGUACUUCGUUAUUUUUUUGUAGCCGUUUUAGUAACAGUUUUGUAGAAUUAUAAGUUGCAAUUGCAUGUAAUGGUGAAAAAAUACAUUUUCUAAUUAUGGCCGAGGUUGAUGAAACAUUUUACAAUAGUUUAGCGUGUUUUUAUUAUCACAAAAAUGAAAAUUCCUAUUACAAUGAUACGGCAUCUUUCAAUGGUGUGCUGAGAGCUACUCUUACCGAAAACAUAGAAGAGCUCAAUAGAUACAAAAAAAGGAAAGGAGGUCUCAAUAGCCAUGAUCAAUUUGGAAAUACUCCAUUACAUGUAGCUGCUAUUCGCAACAAAUUAAAAUCCGUAAUGUAUUUGAUUGAUCAACCUCAAGUUUCGGUACACGCUAAAAAUUCAUUGGGUCAAACUCCCAUUUUUCAUUCGGCACAAUCCGGAUAUGUGGAAAUAACCGCAUUUCUGAUUGCGAAAGGAGCCGAUGUUAACGCUCAGAAUUGCAUGAAAAACACUCCUCUACAUUUAUCGGUAUUACAUCCGCCGAUAAUGAGAUUGUUAAUCGAGAACGGCGCCGAUUUAAAUAUGUUGAAUUUACAUCACAACACCCCUAUUUACAACGCUGUUUCUUUAAAUUGUCUCGAAGUAGUGUGUAUGUUGUUGUAUUAUAAUUGCGACCCUACGGUUAAAAACAUCUACAAACGUACACCGUUGAUAAAAGCCAUCAUGUGCAAAAAUUCCGAAAUACAAGACGCGUUAUUCGAUUACACCGACGAUUUCAAUGAUAUCGGUUGCGAGGAGGAUUCCGUUCUAACGUUAGCUUUGACGUACAAAAGUCCUUAUUUAAAACAAAUUUUAUCCAAAGGUACGUCACCGACUAUCGACGAUGUAAUACAAUCUUUGUUCAGAAAUAAUUACAGGAUAUUCAAAAAACUAUGGAGAAUGUUACCGCGCAAAGAAUUGAAUACUCCAAGAAAGUUCGGUCAAUUCGCUGAUGAAGUGCGCAGACGUAACGUGAUGAAAUACAUCGAUAUCGUUUUAAAACAUUCCGAUGAUUAUGUUUUCGAAAGAUUGGCUUAUUGUUUCGAUUCAUUCGUGAAUUUAAACGCCUUUCUAGACGUUACCGUCGACGACAGCGGUUUAAAUCAGAUUACGAAAUUUGUUUGCGCGUUGUUGCAGUACGAUUGCAGAUUCUCUGCGCCAUUCGUUUACGAUCUUUACGUCUACUUCGGAUACUGUGAUUUAUUCAAGUAUUUCCUAUACAUAGAUCAAAUAGAUUAUCCCCCUAUUUAUUGUGUAGAAUGGAUUAUCCCUAAAUAUAUCUUCAAUAUUCGAAGUGACAUAAGAUACAUCUGUCAUUUAGUUAACAGCAAUUAUCGUCAAACGAAUAACGUAGAUGUUGUUUUGAAAACGUUGGAAUUCAGCGCGGAUAGUUGUUUGGUCGAUCUCGUCAGAAAAUAUAAACAUUGCGAAAGGUGUAUAAGGUUGAGUUAUAUGGUACCGACGGUACCUUCUCUAUUGGAAUUAGCCAGAGAAAAAACUAGACAGUAUAUAGUUGAUAAAUAUAAUUUUUUCACCCCAUCGCAAUUUUAUACCUUUAUUAAUGACUUGGACAUUAAUAAUGUUUAUAAAAAAAUAUUGAGGUGGGAACAACCCAUUUAUUUUUAUAAUAUUUGAUAAUACAAAAAUUUUCAUUUUUGUACGGACAAUCCGAUUUUUUUAUCAUAUAAACCAGUGUUUCCCAACGUUUUGUGGGCCUUACCAUACCUUAACUUUCCUAAAAUUCUUAUGUAAGAUACAUAAUUUUCAAUUGAAAAAAUUGGAUGGUUCACUUGAACCCUUAACAUCUGAUUUCGUUUUUUUAAAUGAAAAAGUUGUUUUUUUUAAAUUAUCACCGCUAGAUGAUUUGAAUUCCGUUUUUUUUAUCAUAUAAACUAGUUUUUGAAACCGUUAAUGAUAUUACACCAACACUCACAAUUAUGUUGUCUGACGCGCGUUUCAAUAACCAUUUUGCUCAUUUUUUGUAUUGCUUGCGUCUUAAUUUUUGUGGCAUUUUCAUUUAUGUUUUACCGAGUUAUCGUCUUCAGAGGCUGAAGGUAAACUGUGUACCUUUACCCUUUACCUUUACAAAGAGUGUAAUUCUGAGUAUUGGUGUAGUUAUAGCGUGAACGUGUCCAGUAAGGCAACUUCAUACAUAUACUUCUCUUAACCACUUUAAUCUAACUUUUUCUUUCUUAGUUUAUCAAGGUGGAUUCCAUUGAAGCGUCCUACUGUAUCUUAACUUGUUUUCCAUAAUAAUUGUCCUAGUUUUCAACUAUAUAUCCCCCUUUAAGUUGUAUUUUAUUUCAUAAUGCAUACUCUGUCUAUAUUCAGUUUUAUCUUUUUACUGUUCUUUCUUUCCGCUAUUAUUAACUCCUUGUCUCUCUUUUCGUCAUUGGUUUCUUCGUCAUACAUCAGUAUCGUCUCUAUCGUUGUUUUAUGAAUAUCUAUUUUGGUUCUUUUAUUUAGUAUUUCGCUUUUUCUUAUUUGCAUUAAAUUCUCCAUUAGUUACUUAUAAUUUUUCUACAAUUGCUGACCUUUCCCUAUUGCUUUUGAUCAUUAUUUCUAAAUAAUGCAUUCAAAUUUACAAUCUAUUUUUAUUGCUUCCUUUUUAAAUUGCUUGCGUCUUUUCAACUUAUUUCUUCUCUAUCUGUUUUCACUUGUUUCAACCCACUUUAAGAUGGUGUUUCAAGAAUCGUUGGUGGUAUUUACACUGAAUACACUGUUUACACCAACACUCACAAUUGCACUGUCUAACGCGCGUUUCGAUAACCAAGUUAUCAUCUUCAGAAGAUAAACUGUUUACAUACAGAGAGUGUAAUUCUGAAUAUUGGUGUGGUUAUAGCGUGAACGUGUCCAGUAUGGCAUCAACAGACAUAGUAAUUUUAGUAUAUAAAAAAUAUUUUAAUGAUUCUGUAGUUUAUUCUUACUUUUUUUAAUUAUGUUUUUUAAAAUUUUGUGCUUUUUUUUAAAGAUUUUGAAAUUAAUCUUGUAAUUAGACUAGUGGAAAUUGACUCUGUUUUUGUACAAAGAAGAAUCUGACUGAAUAACCAUAGUUAAUACAAAAAACAAUGCACCUGCAUUAAAUUUUUUAUUAAAAUGUGUAAUAAGAA